AAGUGAGGUAUAAUCCAAAACUACAAAACAAUAUGAAAAUUUCCAUCAUCAUAUUAUUUUUAUCUUUUUUCACAAUUCACUUUGAUUUAACUCAAUCAUUCACUAUUCAUCUAUCAAAAGUGGGAACGGUACCAGAUUUCGACAUAACUAAGGAUUUAAAAAGUGGCUGGAAAGAAGCAUGUGCAUCCACAUCCACAGAACCUGUCGAAAUUUAUUUUUCGGGAACAUAUACACUGAAACCUGUAGAAUUAAAAGGUCCUUGCAAGGGUCCUGUAAAAAUUAUUAUGGAUGGCACAGUCAGAGCACUAGUCAAGCAAAAGGAUGUUGGAGGCGACCAUUGGAUCAAGAUUAGCCAUGUUAAUGACUUAACCAUAGGUGGUUACGCAAUCCUUGAUGGUCAAGGAAAAUCUGCUUGGAAACAUAAUGAAUGUUCAAAAAACUCUAAUUGCAAACUUAGCAUGAAUUUUGUUUUCAAUUCCGUCAACAAUUCAAUAGUAAAGCACAUUACCAGCAAGGAUAGUAAACACUUUCAUGCCAAGGUUUUAAAUUGCAAAAAUUUCACAUUUAAUGAAUUUAAGGUAAGCGCUCCACAAAAUAGCCCCAAUACUAGCGGCAUUCAUGUUGAAAAAUCAACAAGUGUGAAUGUUCUUAAUUCAAACAUUGGAACUGGAGAUGAUUGUGUUUCACUAGGUGACGGUAGUAGACAAGUUCUUGUCCAAAAUGUGACGUGUGGACCUGGUCAUGGUAUUAGUAUUGGAAGUCCCGGAAAGCACACAAAAGAAGAGCCUAUUGAUGGUAUUACAAUUAAGGGUUGCACUUUGAAAGAAACUGACAAUGGAGUGAAGAUUAAGACUUGGUCUAGUGAGCCAGAAACAAUUACAAUUUCUAACUUAGCAUUUGAGGAUAUUACUAUGGAGAAUGUUAAGAAUCCUAUUAUUAUAGAUCAAGAGUAUUGUCCAUCGAACAAAUGCUCCCAAAAGCAACCAUCAAGAGUAAAGAUAAACAAAGUUAUCAUCAAAAAUAUAAAGGGUACUUCAGCAACUAAAGAAGGAAUGAUUCUUGCUUGUAGUAGUGUUGCACCAUGUGAGGGUGUAGAGAUAUCUAAUGUUGAUCUCAAGUUUAAUGGAACUCCAACAAUCGCUGUCUGCAACAAUGUCAAACCAAAAAUAACAGGAAAUGUUCCUGAGUGCACAACUAUGAAUAACAAAAAACACUAA